ACCUAACAACUGGCGACGAGGAAACGGAACGUCCAAACCCAGCAACACGCAUCAAUUCGAGCCACCAUCGCAUUUCAUCGAAGCGAAGCGACGCCGCGUCCCAAGCAGAAUCCGCCAUUGAGAACGCCAAACCGAAAUGGAACCGAACCAUAUGGAUUUCACCGUAGAAGAAGAUCCCAGGCGUCUUUCUAAUCCAAGGCAAGCACCGCCAAGUGUAACAAAUAAUUACAACGGUGCUCCUAUUUUUCAGCCAGUUAAUGCCGCCCCCGACUCGAACGACAACGCUGCGCUAUUACAUAUGAUGCAGCUGAUGCAGCAACAGAUGGCCCAGCAACAGGAGCUAGUGAUGCAGCUCAUGAGGCGAAAUGCACCACCGAGCCACAAUGCCGAAGCACCGGCGGAAUCAACUCAAAACUUCAUAGCAAGGUCAGUAACAGAAUAUGUGUACGAACCAGAUGAGCACAAAACGUUCGCCGCUUGGUAUGCUAGAUACGAGGAGCUUUUUGUUAAAGAUGCAGCGCACGUUGACGACGCAGCGAAAGUCAGAAUGCUUUUGCGGAAGUUGGGCACAGCAGAGCAUGAGCGGUAUUCGAAUUUUGUGCUCCCGCAGCAUCCUCGCGAUUUUUCUUUCAAAGACACAGUGAGUAAACUAAAGACGCUUUUUGGCCCAAAAGAGACGGUUCUGAGCAAGCGAUACAAAUGUUUAAGGAUUGAAAAAGCUCGUACGGAAGAUAUAAUGGCUUACGCGUGUCGAGUGAAUCGUGCUUGUGAAGAUUUUGAGCUGAAGGCGUUGUCGGAGAACCAGCUAAAAGCAUUAGUUUUCGUGUGUGGUCUUAAAAGUGAGCGUGACAUUGAAUUUCGUACCAGGCUGCUAAACAGAAUCGAGAAAAACAGCGAAAUCACAUUGGAACAGUUGGCGUCGGAAUGCCAGAUGAUUAUUAACGUGCACGCCGACAGCACAAUGAUAGCAGAUGAGAACAAAAGAGUAGCAGCGUUAACAAAAUGGCCGUCAAAACGAAAUAUGCCGCCGAAAGAGCAUGGCGCACCACGCUUUCAAAAUGGCUCAGGUCCAUCUGGUGAUAAGCCCAAAAACCCAUGCUGGCUUUGCGGUACGCAGCAUUGGGUACGCGAGUGUGCAUAUAAAACUCACAAAUGCAGGCAAUGCGGCAGAAUAGGACAUAAGGAUGGUUUUUGCCGUAACAGAGGGUACCAGCAAAAGAAUAAUUACAGAAGAUCAGCCGUAAAAGUGGUUCGAGUGAAUGCAUGCGUUGUGACAAGUAGAAGGAAAUACGUCACAGUUUCAGUGAACGGAAAGCCAGUGCGUUUACAGUUGGAUACAGCAUCAGACAUCACCGUCAUAGGCCAGCAUACGUGGCAGCAGCUAGGAAAGCCACCGCUCAGGCAUCCAACAGUGAAAGCGCUUACAGCAUCAGGCUCACAGUUCCAACUGAUAGGAGAAUUUUCUGCACCUCUCGUGAUCCGGAACGUGAAACGAAUUGCGACUGUUCGUGUGGCAAUGGUGGAUGUGCAGCUGUUGGGGACAGAUGUGAUUGAUCUUUUUGAGCUAGAGUCUGUUCCAAUGAGCGUUUUCUGUAACAACGUAGUCACAACAGCAGCAAGAGCGUCGUCAUCGGUUUUUGAAAGAAUGUAUCCGGAAGUUUUUGGCGAAUCGGGGUUGUGUACGAAAGCACAGGUGCCGUUACGGUUAAAGGAAGGAGUUCGGCCCGUAUUCCGCCCGAAGAGACCAGUAGCCUAUGCGAUGAGAGAGAUAGUAGAAAAGGAACUGGAUAGGCUGGAAGCAAAUGGAGUAAUUACGCCGGUUAACUAUGCUGACUGGGCAGCGCCCGUUGUGAUCGUAAGAAAAGCAAAUGGAAAGAUUCGAAUAUGCGGAGAUUAUUCUACUGGAUUAAAUCAGGCUUUGCAACCGCAUGAAUACCCACUACCCAUCCCGGAAGAUAUUUUUACCAAGUUGGCACAUAGCAAGAUUUUUACAACGAUUGACCUCACGGAUGCUUUUACUCAGGUGCAGGUAGAAGAAAAGUUUAGGCCAUUGCUUACCAUAAACACUCAUCGAGGCCUUUAUCAGUACAAUCGACUCCCGCCUGGAAUUAAAAUAGCACCUGCAGUAUUCCAGCAACUGAUUGAUACCAUGUUAGCGGGCAUGAGCAAAGUAUGUGGCUAUAUGGAUGAUUUAAUCAUCGGUGGUCUGACACAAGAAGAGCACGACGCAAAUGUUAGAGAGGUUUUAAGUCGCAUUAGAGAGUACGGAUUCACGAUACGAGCAGACAAAUGCAUUUUUGGCAUGAAGCAGAUCCGGUAUCUUGGGCACAUUAUUGAUGGAAACGGCAUACGCCCAGACCCAAAGAAGAUCGAGGCAAUUGUUAACAUGUCACCACCUGUAAACACGUCAGAAGUACGUUCAUUUGUAGGAGCUAUCAACUACUACAGCAAGUUUGUGCCGAGAAUGAGAGAUCUCAGAUACCCAUUGGAUAGCCUCCUCAAGCACGGCGAGCAGUUUCGUUGGACGAAACAAUGUGCAGAAAGUUUUCAAAAAUUCAAGGAGAUACUCUCAUCAGACCUUUUGCUCACCCAUUAUGACCCGAAAGCAGACAUCACCGUCUCAGCUGAUGCAUCAUCAGUGGGUUUAGGAGCCACAAUAAGCCACAAAUUCCGCGACGGUACAGUAAAAGUGGUUCAGCACGCAUCAAGAGCGCUCACCGAGACAGAGAUGAACUACAGCCAGAUAGACCGCGAAGGUCUUGCAAUCAUUUUCGCGGUAACAAAAUUUCAUAAAAUGUUGUAUGGCCGGCAUUUUAAGUUGCAGACUGAUCAUCGACCACUCUUGCAGAUUUUUGGAUCGAAAAAGGGUAUACCCAUUUAUACUGCAAACAGAUUACAACGUUUUGCCCUUAUUCUGCAACUUUAUGAUUUUGAUAUCGAAUACAUCCGCACCGAUAAUUUUGGAAAUGCUGAUCUACUGUCUAGGCUCAUCAGAACGCGAUCUCAGCCGGAAGAAGAAUACGUCGUAGCGACCAUUGAGUUGGAAAAGGAUGUACGAUCGGUCGCUGUAAAUUCAUUAAGCUCGCUUCCGCUAAACUUCCAGGACGUCGUAUCACACACCCAAGCAGACAGCGUAUUGCGUAGUGUUUAUCGCUACAUUCAACGAGGGUGGCCGCAGCUUUCAGUUCUGGGACAGGAGUUGGCUCGUUACUACCACAGGAGAGAGUCGUUGUCAACGGUAGACGGAAGUAUUUUGUUUGGAGAAAGACUAGUCAUACCGAGAAGGCUGCGGGAGAGAUGUUUGGAGCAGUUCCAUCGCGGGCAUCCAGGUGUGCAACGGAUGAAGGCACUUGCCCGCAGUUACGUGUAUUGGCCGUCCAUGGAUCAGGAGAUAGCUGAAUGCGUUGGUGCCUGUUCAGCAUGCGCAGCAGCAGCCAAGUCGCCGCCACAUGAGAACCCAGUGCCAUGGGUCAAGUCAACUUUGCCGUGGGAGAGAGUACACAUCGACUAUGCGGGUCCUAUCGACGGGGACUAUUUCCUAAUAGUAGUCGACGCUUGUACUAAAUGGCCGGAGAUCAUAAGAACAACAAGUAUCACGACGUCGACAACGGUUGCUAUCCUGCGUGGUCUAUUCGCUAGAUUCGGAAUGCCGACCACCUUGGUCACGGAUAACGGAACUCAAUUCACCAGCGAAGCAUUCCAAGAGUUCUGCAAGGCGAACGGGGUGGAUCACAAAAGGACAGCUGCUUUUCAUCCUCAGUCAAAUGGGCAGGCUGAGCGAUUUGUCGACACAUUUAAAAGAGCUCUGGUGAAAAUAAAGCAGGGAGGAACCACAUUGCAGGAAGCCAUAGACAUAUUUCUCCUUACAUACAGGACGACUCCAAACGCGCAGCUAGAAGACAGGAAAACACCGGCAGAAAAGAUGUUCGGAAGAGUCCUGCGAACAAGCUUCGAACUGCUGCGCCCUCCGACGAAGAUGCCUCAACAGUCUGCUGAACGCGCAAGAAGUUUUGAACCGAACGACAUGGUGUACGCAAAGGUGUAUAGGCGUAAUACGUGGAUCUGGGUUCCGGCAGUUGUUGUUAAAAGAUGUGGGAGUGUAAUGUAUCUAGUCAAAAGCGAUAACCAACGAGUUUUUAGAAGCCAUGUUAAUCAGUUGCGUCGAAGGGUUAUCGCUCGUGAUCGUGGGUUGGUGGACAGCGAUCAUCGCUUACCAUUGGAUGUCCUGCUGGAUUCCUGGAGUUUAUCGUCAUCGUCAUCACCAUCUGUGUCAUCGUCUUCGUCAUCGUCAUCACCAUCUGUGUCAUCGUCUUCGUCAUCGUCAUCAUCGUCUACGUCAUUGUCAUCGUCUUCGUCAUCACCGUCAUCAUUGUCAUCGUCUUCGUUAUCACCAUCAUCGUCUUCGACAUCACCAUCAUCGUCUGCGUCAUCGUCUUCGUCAUCGCCAUCAUCAUCAUCGUCUUCGUCUUCGUCAUCACCAUCAUCAUCUGCGACUUGGAUAUCGGCUAACUCAUCGUCAUCACAAACAGUGCCGUUACAAACUGCGUCGAAGAUUCCAUUACAACAGCAAACGAUAUCCUCGCCGCCUCCUGCUGAAUGUCAACGAAGCGGUGAUCAUCAGGAAGCAGAGCCGGUACCUCCACCUCGCCGCUCUUCGAGGAUUAGAAGAGUUCCGCGAUGGUUCAACGGGUAUCAGCUAUCUUGAAGGGGGAGAUGUUGCGUACGCAGAUGGAUGUCGCACGACAUGGCUCUCCGGGUUGCUCGCGUCGCGCGACAACAUGCGGAGGUGUGCGUGUCAGGUGCGUAAGAGAGGUCAACGCGGGUCACAGCGAACAGCUGACGUGUCCUGCGUCGCUCGGAGACAGUGUGUCGAUAGCGAGCAACGGGUUAACAGCCAAAGUCGGGCAAGCGGGUUUUAACGUGUAAUAAAUGUUCGUUUAAGUUUUAAAGUGUA